UAAUCAUUCAUGUGGUUGAGAGCUGUUGGCAAGUCAAGUUCCAGGCGUACAGAGAGAGGAAGAUAAAAAAAAUAAGGGGAAGAUAGAAACUUUAUGUGGUGGGGGAGACAGAAGAGAAACAAGAAGGGAGAAGACUGAGGUGGACAACAUGAGAGGAGAGUUAUUGGUGACACCUCUGAGCUGAAGACAAGUCGAGUCUACAAGCAGACUGAGAAGAGAGGAGGAGGUGAGCAAAACAUCUGACAAUCAAGACUUAAAGGAGCCCCUAAAUCAGAACCUAAAUCUGUCAACACUUGAAAACCCCCGCUCCAGAUUUCUAUUGAUUCCACUGAAGAAGUCUCCAUUGACCCUGCCAUCCAGACUGGAGUAUGCCUUGCCAUCCCUGUCACCCCUGCAGCUGAUCCAGGCUGUCAGUAUGAUCUCCCACUACCCUCUGGCCACCCUGAUGCCCUGGCAGGGGCCCAACCACCACUACCCAGACCUGGACUGCACCUUACUGCCGGAGGGGGAAGGAGGCGUCACCCUGCAGAGGUACCAGCCUCGCUUCCCGGAGAGCAGCCCCCGCCACUGGAGCUCGGUGCAGGACUGGGGGGAGGAAGUCGAGGAAGGAGCCAUCUACAACGUGACACUGAAGAGGGUUCAGAUUCAGCAGGCCGCCAACAAGGGAGCAAGAUGGCUAGGGGCGGAGGGGGAUCGUCUACCUCCCGGCCACACGGUGAGCCAGCUGGAGACUUGCAAAAUCCGAAGUAUUCGUGCCGGAACACUGGAGCGUCUGGUGGAGACGUUAUUGACAGCGUUUGGAGACAACGACCUCACCUACACCUCCAUCUUCUUGUCCACCUACAGAGCCUUCACCAGCACACAGACUGUACUGCAGCUACUGCUAGACAGGUAUGGAAGUGUGGAGGAAAACGAGCAAGGCACAGGCAGAUGCAAAGGCUCUGAAACCAAUGGAGCCAUCAGAAGUGCCUUGGCCUCUAUCCUGCGUGCCUGGCUGGACCAGUGUCCUGAAGACUUCCAGGAGCCGCCCAACUACCCCUGUCUUCACAGACUGAUGGACUACCUGCGCAAGGCCGUGCCAGGCUCGGAGGCUCUUAGACGGGCAGAGGGUCUGCUGGAGCAGCUGCAGAGUCAGGCCAGCAUGGAGGACACUGAUGCUGGUUUCCACGGCAACAGUUCUUUCUGCCUGGGGGAAGAGGAGGAAGUAGAGAUCGAGGUCCAGGAGGACUUCCUGUCGUUCGAGGCCGACCUGGUGGCGGAGCAGCUGACCUACAUGGAUGCUCUGCUGUUUAAAAAGGUUGUGCCCCACCACUGCCUGGGCUCCAUCUGGUCUCAGAGGGAUAAGAAGCACAACAAGCACAGCGCCCCCACCAUUCGAGCCACCAUUACGCAGUUUAAUGCUGUGGCGGCCUGCGUGGUCAGCACAGUGCUGAAACACCGACAGAUCAGACCGCAUGUCAGAGCGCGGGUCAUCCAGCGCUGGAUAGACAUCGCUCAGGAGUGUCGAAUACGCAAAAACUUCUCGUCUCUGCGAGCCAUUGUAUCUGCGCUGCAGUCCAACCCUCUGUACAGGCUGAAAAGGGCAUGGGCCUGUGUGCACAAAGACAGCAUGCAGACAUUUGAGGAACUGUCGGACAUUUUCUCCGAUCACAACAACUACCUGACCAGCAGAGAGCUCCUCAUGAGGGAAGGCACUUCAAAGUUUGCCAGUCUGGAGAGUUGUGCCAAGGAGCACCAGAAACGUACCCACAAGAGACUACAGUUGCAGAAGGAAAUGGGAGCCAUGCAGGGAACGAUCCCAUACUUGGGGACCUUUCUAACCGACCUGACCAUGCUGGAUACAGCUCUGCCUGACAUAGUAGAGGGUGGUCUGAACAACUUUGAGAAGAGACGCAGGGAGUUCGAGGUGAUCGCUCAGAUCAAGCUGCUCCAGUCGGCCUGCAACAGCUACUGUCUGGCUCCAGACUCGGCUUUCCUCCGCUGGUUUAAGAGCCAGGUUCUGCUCAGUGAGGAGGAGAGCUACGCCUUGUCCUGUGAGAUUGAAGGUAUCGGUGACAGCAGUCCAACCUCCCCUAAACCUCGAAAAAGCAUGGUGAAGAGACUCAGCCUGCUGUUUCUUGGACCAGACAAUAAUACAGCCAGUUCUCCAGUCAGAGAAACACCGCGCUCGCCUCCUACUGGCAGCUCUGGGGAGAGCAUGGACUCAGUCAGCGUGUCCUCCAGUGACUCCAGCAGCCCGUCAGACAGCGAGGGCCUCACCCCCACCCACACCUCCGACUCCCAGCAAAACAAGCUUUCAGAAUCCUCCUCUUGUAAUUCACUCCACUCCAUGGACACCAGCUCGUCGACAGCCAGUGUCUCCAUGACUCCUGCAUCUCCUUCACUCCCCGGGCCCCCCUGCACCCACAGACGCUCCAUCUCCCUCACACCCCUGUCCCCCAGCUCCCCGAGUCAAAGUCCAGCUUAUAACACCCAGGCCCAAGAUGCAUGCAUCAUAAGAGUCAGUCUGGAGCACGGCAAUGGGAAUCUCUACAAGAGCAUAUUGUUGACAAAUCAAGACAAGACUCCGGCGGUAAUUUCUAGAGCCAUGGCCAAGCACAACCUGGAGGUGGAGCCAGAGGAGGGAUACGAGCUGGUACAAGUCAUCUCUGAGGAGAGAGAACUGGUGAUCCCAGACAACGCCAACGUCUUUUACGCCAUGAACACCUCGGCUAACUUUGACUUCCUGCUGCGGGUGCGAGGCACAGCGAGUCGGCCAGUCCAGCUGCGAAGCCGGUGUAGCUCCACACUCCCUCGCGCCCAGCACCGCUCCAGCCUGUCUCUCAGACUCAGCAAGGUCACACUGUGACCCUGGACUGCAGGGACCCAGCGCAUUGCCCUUACACCACUGAUCCAGGAUGAUACAGGGCAUGGACCUGAUGUGAACUGUUGUGUUUUAGAUAAGGAGGCUGGAGGGAUACAUGGACGAGGAGCUCUGGUGGAUUCAAGAAGGAACAGAUGUUGCUUUUUAGACUCUUUUUAAGAGCUCCACUUUGACUUUAAUCUUGCCAGUUGAGCCUCACCCUGAACUGUGCCAUCCCUUCUUGUCCUUUGCCCAGCCCUAAUGUGGAACAUGGAUGUGUAGCGUGACUGCUGUGCCAGUGGGUCUUGCCUUUUGACUAUUAAUGCCUGUGACAGAGUGGAACAGCGACUCCUUGUGGCCUCUGCUCUUUACAACAACAGGUUUUUGCACAUGUUAUGGGAGCAGACCAAACUCGACCUCCAACAGUAUUCUGAUAUUGAAUGAACUUGUUUUUGUCCUGUGAUGUCUAUGUAGCUGAACAUGUACUUUUCUGAAAAUAGAAGUGUGGUGAAUGCAGAAAGAGAAGACGGAUGGUGAAAUAGAAGGAGAAGUGGACUGAGUGUCCAGUCUUGUUGCCUUUAAUCGAUGAAUGAAUGGACUUUCGAUAGUAUUCUGAAUGAUAUUAAUGAAUUAAUUGAUUGACAGGAGCUGUAAUGUCAUUAUUUCUCAUAGUUGGGCAUGUUUACCUGCCAUGUCCGGCUCGUGCACAGUGUGCACUGUGUGUGUCCAGCCCCUCUCAUAUUGUGAGCUGUGUGACGAAUGUUGCGUGCAUUCUGAUUGGUUCCAUUACUUGGUUUUAACAAGUCCUUGGCAACUAUUGAAAUGGCCUUACCUGCCCUAUCUUUAGGGUGUAGAGAUGACAUUUGUGCUGCGUUCUAUUCCAGAAAGACAUUCCCUCACAUUUUCAGAAUUUUUUUAAAUAAAGAAAGAAGAUUAUAGAUGUACAAGGACCGAGAAGAGGAAUGAAGUGACUUCCUGGAAUGGAAAAUACCAACAUGUCUCAAACUGAUGCAUACUUGUACCUCUUUGCCCCUCAUUAUAUGAACUACAGAGUUGCACUUGUCAGUUGGCCGGGGAUGCCAAUGGGAUGUGAAAACAGAAGAGUGAACAAGCCGCUCUGUAAGUGGUUUUCUCCCUCUUCACUAAACAAAUUAUUAUUUUUGUUUGUAAUUGUUGCUUUUUACAUGUUUUUUGUAACACAAUUCAGGCCAACAAUGUAUGCCACAUUGGAGAGAGAUGAAGUAAAUGUUAACGAAUUCAGAGUGUCAUAUAAAAAAAAAAAAGCCAGUACCAGAUAAUACUGUGAUACAUGUGGAAAUCUUUACCUAGGGACCCAUCACAUCAUUAAACACACAAAAGCCAAACACCUUUUUCACCCAGUAAACACCCAUCUGUUCCCAGCACUAUCAUAGUGUCACAGCAACAUCACCAACACUUCUCACCUGUCCCAUUUAAAGCAUCCUUUUUUUUCUUUCAGUUAUAAUCCACUCCUACAGACCUUACAAUGUCAUGCUAUUGUGCCAAUUUGUGCAACCAGUUCAUGUUUCUUGGUUGAUAUUUUAAAUUCCCAAUAGAAGAACUGGUUUACUGUUGUUAAUGGCCCAGUUGGGCCAAUCAUUUGUCCCAUGCAGCACUUCACUUUAAAAUGUUCUCAUUAAAUCACCCUCAGUUUCUGUGUUCUUCACUGCCAAAGACUCUUUCUCUACCUGAAUAAAUAAAUUAUUAUCAUUA